GCCGCCUCACUUCCGGCGAGGCGCGCGAGCGCGGCGGUGGUCCGGGGACGCCGAUCGGCGGUGGGAUGGCGCUGUGGCUCCCGCGCCCGCGGAACGGCGGCCCUCCGCCGGAGGAAGACGAGGCGCGGGGGCAGGCUCCCGCCUCCCACCAGCGCCUGCCGGAAGUUCAGACAUACAGCCAAGGGAUUGAAUUAGCCUGCCAAAAAGAGAGAGAGUUCAUGAAGCACUCUGUAGAAUGUACGUGGAAUCUAGCAGAAGCCCAGCAAAAGCUUGGUACCUUAGCACUAUAUAAUUCAGAAUCCCACGAGCAGGAAUGUGCUCAAGCAAAGACUGAAGCUGCAGAGUUGAGACAGAGAGAGGAAGAAUGGAGAAGAAAAGAAGAAGCACUAAACCAGAGGGAAAGACAGAACGUAUGGAACACAGAUACCAUUAGUAAGGAGGUAUUUAAUAAGAGUUUUAUUAAUCAAAAAAGAAAAGAAAUAGAAGAUGAAGAUGUAUCUGAACCACUUAUGCAAAAACAUGAACAAAAGAUUAGAUACUUUGGUAUGCUGAGCAGAUGGGAUGAUAGUCAAAGAUUUUUGUCUGAUCACCCAUAUCUUGUAUGUGAAGAAACAUCUAGAUAUCUCAUGUUGUGGUGUUUUCAUCUAGAAGCUGAACAGAAAAGAGCUCUGAUGGAGCAAGUAGCACACCAAGCAGUUGUAAUGCAGUUUAUUAUGGAAAUUGCCAGAAACUGCAAUGUGGAUCCAAGAGGCUGUUUUCGACUCUUUUUCCAAAAAGCCAAAACAGGAGGAGGCUAUUUUGAGGCUUUUAAAAAUGAACUUGAGGCGUUUAAGACAAGAGUGAGAAUCUGGUCACAAUCACAUGGCUUUCAAACUAUGUUACUACAUGACCUCAGUGUCAAUCCUGGUCUUGUAGGAGAGCUGACAUCUUUUUCACAGAACACAGGUGAUCUACAAGGUUCCAUAAACACAGAUGUCUGCAGUUUAAACUAUGUGAUACAAAGAGAUGAAGAAGAAUCCAAAAUUAUGGACACAGUAUAGUACUCUUAAGACUGAGGCCAAGUACUCUUUUCUCUUUUUAAUUUUUUCCCAAAGAAGCAAACAUGGCUAUUUUCUUGACACUUUUUUUUUUUUUCUGGGUACUGCACUUUAUUUUUGAUGUCAGAUUUUUGUUGUUUGGUUUCUGGGGAAAAGGGAUUUUGAAGGGCGAGUAAUUCAGAAAAACUUGUAAUAUUGUUUGAAAACGUGCUGCUAGGUUUUUGGUUGUCCUUGAAGAGCAGGGUUCUCAUAUUGCCGAAUGUGAAACUGGAUGUGUUUUCUGCUACUAACCUUGCCUUUCAUGACUUUAGAAAUUAAAGUGUGAAAAAAAAUUCUGCACAAAUAUAAUGUUUACAAGAAGCAGUAGAUUCUUUGUAGAAUCUGCUAUUGUCUUACUACAGAUGCAGACAUGUUUUACUCUAUGAAUACUGGGAGAUCACAACUAUUCAUGCUACCUUGCUGACAUUAUAAACUCUCAAAUCUGGUUAUCACUAAUAGCAAUAAAUCAGUAUCUGGUAUCAGUAUUUCAGAUCUGAAAGGAUUAGAUUAAAACAAUGUCUUUCUACCUCUACUAAGGGGAUCUAAAUGUUACAUUGUGCUUUCAUUAAACAUAACUUGGAUUUGUCCUAAAAUGUAAGCAAUGCUUGUUUAACAUGACUGCUGGGUUAUAUAAUUUCUAAGAGUCUGACUUUCUUCUUGUUCAUAAAGCUAACUUCAAUUUUUUUAAAACAAGUCUCAUUGUGAGGAGAAUUAUUUGAUAAAGGGGUGGAAUUUGAGGUGCCAGGAUUAGGCCAAGACUACAAUUUAAACAAAAAGCUUUGUCACAGUUUAUACAGGGUAAAGCAUCACGUGAGAUUUGAAAGGCGUAUUUCAUGUGCUACUAAACUAGAGUUUCUGACAUAGAUGACUCAAAGUGGAAGAUCAUUAGAAACUUUCUGUUUGUGGAGCUAGACAUCCAAAUAGUAUUUCUAGACAAAUAGCCUUCACAGAAUCUCUGAAAUCCAAAACUCCACUGUGCUUUUCUAGAUUGCCACUGGUACAGCAGCAGUUCUAUCUAUAAAAUUAGAUGCUGCAGUUGGAAGACUCCAGUGAAGACAGCUCAUAUCUCAAAUAGUGGCAUCUUGCUCCUUUAUUGUUUUGAUUGUAUAUAAGGUCUAGAAGUUAUGUAGAUUUCAACUGUUUGAUGAAUGCAGUCUACCUGCAGUUGCUAACUCAAGUAGAAAAUGUACUGACAUCCAGUAAUUUUCAGCUUUGACUACAGCAGAGCUGGGGAAAAGUCUGUCCACAGUACAUACCCGAUUAAGUGUUAGCACAAAUGUACAAACAGAAGUAGCUUUUUGUGUGCCUUGUGUUCUCCAGCAGUUUUUUGGCAGAGGAUAAAGAAGCAGGCAGCAGCUCUGUCCCAGAUGUGAAUUAGGGAUUACCAGUUUUAGUAGUAAACUUUUUUUUUUUUAAAGUUUGACAGAUACUCCAGUGGGGAUAAGUAAACCCUGCUUCCUUCUUAAUAAUUAGUUAAUUAUGGGCAGGAAGUAAUUAUUCAGGGAAACUAAGGGAAACUCUACACUUGAGGUUGGGUUUUUUUUAACUGAAUGUAAUAUACAAGGGUAGGAAGGGAAGUGUAGCACAGUAACUUUCAAUUGCUACCACUAGGAGUAUUACCAUAUUGCUCUAGCAACAUGUUGGUACACUGGAAGUUAUUGAAGUUUCUAAGGGGCUAAAAUCAGAUGGUGCGGGAAUGCUAAAUUAUAAGGAGAUUCCUUCCCCUUUCCUCUUCCAGCUAACUGAAACCUGUGUAGGCUGGCAGAAACAAAAGCACAGCUGCUAUUUAUUGAAAGCAAAACAUAUAAAUAGAAACAAGUGGCACAUCAGGAUUUCUUAUUGUAAAGAGGUAGCUAUUGUUUUCUAACCACAUGUUUUUUAAGUAGCUAUGUCUCUAAACUCAGUCUACAGCCUCACCUCUGAAGAUAAUAGUACAAGUGGUCAGCCUUUUGGGAAGCUUUCUUCAAAAUGUAAGGAAGCCUGCUUGCCAUGAUAGCAAUUGCCCAUAGUUUUCAUUUAUAGUAAUGGGAAAGCUUAAAAAAAUGCUACAAUGACUAUCUUUUUUAGACAGAAAUGCAUCUUGAUAAUGCUAAAACUAGACAUGUAAAUGUAGUCCAAAGUACGUCAGCACCACAGCUCUGUAGUUGUUUGCAAACAGUCACUGCAACUGGAGCUUGGGACCUGUAUUAGUAGGACACAGCUACUUCAGACAUUCCCUAGAUUGAGUUGUUUGUUCCUCAGGUUUUGCUGAGUCUUCUUGAAACUAUCAACCUGCUAAGCAUAAAGAAAGGGCUAGGAGAGUUCACUUUUGAAAAAUAGCAUUACUGGGGCUGUUAAAAAGUGUGGAUGUUUGUAACUCAUGUAGUGAACCAAGAGCUGGUCAGAGACAUGAGUUAGUAUGAACUCAUGAAAAUCCAUCCAGUUGCUACAGUAAUAUGACAAAAGUUGACCAUUUCACAACUGGAAAUCCUGAAAUUGGUAUCAUUUAGCACUUUUUUUUUUUCAAAGACAGUAGAAAAUACAAAUUCCUUAGUCAAAAUCAUCUAGCUAUAGGCUUACCAGGUUACAUUAAAGUCUGCUCAGUAUCUGUUGUCUUUUUACUAAUAAAGUCUUAUAUACCUGCACAA